CUCCGCCCGUGGUUACAUCAGCUGCUUGCUUGAUGAACUGGACUGGAAGAACUAUCAUUACCUGUGAUUUUGGUGUAUUUUGUAUGAAGUUGGUUGCACUGCCAGAUUUUUGCAGCAUUCCUUUUGGACGGUAGAUUGUUCUCUUGUAGAUUGGACAAACCGGUAGAUUUUUGUAUCUCAUUUUGGACUAUUAUGACCAAUGAUUUAUGUAUAGUAUUUUGUAUGAAUCUCCGUUUGGACGAUUGGUUUUUGUGUAUUAUUUACUGCCUGCAAUCAUGUUUGGAGAUGCAUUUUGGAUGUCCCCAGCUUAUCUUAUUGCGGAGUAGCAAAAUUAUAUGGAAAAUAGGUUAUACGUUAUGUUUAGAAUAUGUAUAGCUGUGCCCUCAUGUUGCCAAAUUAUCUGUUUGGAAAAUGGCAAAUCCCUGUGCCGAACACGCAUGUCUGUCCAUGGCCAUUCAUCAUGGGUGUCCUUUGUUUCUGUUGCUAGAACUUGCUGAGGUGGGAGAAAGACCUGGGAUGCUAUACCAGGAUCAAGUUAUGGUGAGCCCAUCAACGAGCGGCAGUGGCAAAAGCAAGAGCAGGAGUAGGAGCGAUAGUAGGAGCAAGAGCCGGAGCAGAAGCAGAAGCAGGAGCAGGAGCGGGAGCAGUAGUAGGAGCAGAAGUCGAAGCCCUCGGCGAGAUAGGCUGCGGAGUGAGCGUGCACCUCGGCGCAGUCGUAGCCGAAGCCCACCUCGUCGCGGCCGCAGCCCACCUCGUCGCAGUGAACGUCGUGGCCACAGGGAUCUUAGUUGCAAGAACUGCAGGAGAUCUGGCCACUUUGCUAGGGAUUGCCCAUCUGCUUCUACAUGCAAUAACUGUAACCUUCCAGGACACUUUGCUGCAGAGUGCACUUCUAAAACUGUUUGCUGGAACUGCAAGAAGUCUGGACACAUCGCCACUGAGUGCACGAAUGAGGCCCUAUGCCACACUUGCAGCAAGUCAGGUCAUCUGGCCCGCGAUUGCCCUACUUCAGGAUCAGCUAAGCUAUGCAACAACUGUUUCCAGCCAGGCCACAUUGCUGUUGACUGCACCAAUGAUCGUGCCUGCAACAACUGCCGUCAGUCUGGCCACAUAGCCCGGGAAUGCACAAAUGACCCCGUCUGCAACCUCUGCAAUGUCUCUGGGCACCUCGCUCGCGCUUGUCCAAAGACAACUCUGGCUUCCGAGAUCCACGGCGGCCCCUUCCGUGACAUCUUGUGCCGUAUGUGCGGCCAGCCAGGGCACAUCAGCCGCAACUGCAUGGCGACUGUGAUCUGUGACACCUGUGGUGGGAGGGGCCACAUGUCGUACGAGUGCCCAUCUGCCAGGGUAUUCGACCGCCGGCUCCGCAGGUUCUGAACGUCCGUGGGCUCGGUUGGUUAUGAUUGGCUGAAUUCCCCGUUGUUUGUCCGGCCCUGAUUAGUUAGCUCCGUUGAGGAUACCUGAACCGUUUCGUUUGGUACAUGCUUUUGUUCCCUGGUUGUUGUUGUGGGAUGAUUCUGUAGGUUGUUAAUCUCUGGAUGAAAACUUUGAGUUCUUAAAUCUUGAACAUAGCCUUCUUUCGUGGGCACAAGACUGUUGUAUCGGUCCAGAAAAAAGGAAGAGUUCUAAUAGACCAGACUAUAUGUGCUCA